AUGCGGAUGAUCUGGAAGCACUACUUUGAUCGAGAUGUGGCACGGAUCGGUCGCCGUGUAGUCCGCAACGAAUGGGCUAUGACAGGCGCUGAUGAAAACGCUUACUACCAGCCAACAGCAAACCAGAUUGCCGUCCCUGCCGGGAUUCUCCAGCGGCCGUUUUUCGCUCGCGAACAACACCCUGCACGUAAUUUCGGCGCGAUUUGUAGUAUCAUUGGGCACGAACUCACGCAUGGCUUCGAUGCCUCUGGAAGACAAUUUGAUGGUGGCGGCAACUUGCGGGACUGGUGGAGCAAUGACACGGAAACGAAGUUCUUACAGCGGACUGAUUGUUUUGUGAGGCAAUACGAUGAGUUUGCGGUGACAAGUGGCGACGAUCAGGACAAAGUGCUGGGUCACGUCAAUGGCAAUUUCACUCUCAGCGAGAACAUCGCGGACAACGGUGGUCUAAAGUUGUCCUUCCACGCAUAUCGGACCUACGUCGCCAAGCAGGCCAAGGAGCUGAAUAAGAUCAACGAAGAUGAAUCAACAACCGUUUCGCAGAGCCAGCCAGGGCCUGAUCUACCCACCGAUGUGGCUGACAAGCUUUUCUUCAUCUCAUUCGCCCAGGAGUUUUGCUCUAAGGUGAGUGACGCCAGCAUGAUUGAGAUGUUGGCCACAGAUCCGCACUCGCCUAACCAGUGGCGCAUAAAUGGAGCUGCAAGCAACUCGCACGAUUUCGCACGCGUGUUUUCGUGCCCUGCUGGCUCACCCAUGAACCCAACGAAAAAGUGUAAGCUUUGGUAG